CUGGAAAAUCUUAAAAUGGAACGCUUUGUAAGGAGAGUUCAGGACAAAAUAGUGGAAACUUUAACUAGUAGUGUAUUCGGAGAAACACGUGCCAGCAAAGAGCCAGACAGAGAAUCUGAGAAGGCAGAGGAAGUGAGUCCGGAACAACAAGAGGAAAGAUCAACUGGUGGAAAUGUGAAAGAAAAUAACGAAGUAUGCGACACUGAAAAUUGCGUUGUAAGGCGAAAUGAUAAUGACAGAGAGAAGCUGUUUGUAGAUUCAGCUGAAGACGAAGUUCCUGACGCCAAUAAUGACAGUAUUGAAGACGGGAAAUGUCAUGUCAAGAGCAGAUCCAUACAUGGAGGUUCUUCCAAACAAAAGCAUAUUUUCUUAGAGGCAGAUAAAAAACUGAUAAAGAUGCACAAAGUUAUACACAAUAAUUCAAAAAUGGAAGAAGAAGAGAAGGAUGCGGCAGAUGAGGAUGAGGUGCAAGAAGAAGAAGAAGAAGAAGAAGAAGAAGAAGAAGAAGAAGAAGAGGAGAAGGAGGAUGAGGAGGAGGGGGACCACGCAUCAAACUCCAUGACAUUAAUGGGGCUCUACACUGAAUACGAGAAGUCUGUAAAGCUGGAAGAAAAUAAAAUCAGAAAUUUGGAGGACAGUAUAUUCUUAGGGAAUUUGGUAGAGCACUAUGUUGGUUUACUGGGAAUGAUCCAAAAUGUGGAAGACGAGUUUGCUAAAAGAAUAAAGAAAGGAGAAUUGAGUCGCAGCAAUGUGAUUUCGAACAUAAGAAGAGGAAUGAAACGAAAUAUGGUAGAGGAAGGGCGUAUUCAGAAAGUAUCUAACGAUGAUGGGUCAGCAUACUUGAAUAAAAAAUAUCAAAAACUUUACAUUGCACAUUCGCUUUUAGAAAACGACUAUGACGAGCUUUAUGAGAAGUAUGAGAGCUUGAAAAUUGAUCACGAAGAUUUGCAGAGCUUGCAGAAUAUGCCGAAGACUGGUCCAGAGUCAAAUAUGACUAGAGCUGGCUUCAAAGGCAAGGGAUUCAAAAUUGGUAGAAAGUUAGUUAGUUACAAUUCAGAUAGGUAG